UCAUACCUGCUUUUGGAUUGGAUUAGAGGUGACCAGGACUUCAACAUAGCCUGCACACAUUGAAGCUGCCUCAUUGCCCGUAUUCCACCCGCACACAAACCUUUCUCAGUCAUCUUCAGCGCGUUUGACAGCAGGUUGUUGGCUGAUCCGCAAGGAGGGCACAGACAUAGAGAGACACGUUGUGUCCUUUGGGGGGCUGCUGGCUGUGAUCCCGCUUACCUGCCUGGCUCAAGCGGACCAUAUCCGCAUAUAUGAAGCAAGGCCCUUGAUAGGAAGGGAUCUGAUAGGCCAGCUUCUUGAGCCGAGCAGUGGGAACAUGUAGAUGAAAGACCUAUCGUAGCAGGCAACCAAUAGCUCGAAUAGCUGGCAUAACCAGCACAUGACGGCACAAAGUCUUGAUUUCUCACCUUCUUCAUGCACGUGCGAAGGUCCAUCCAGUCCUUGUGGAGUGAGAACACGUCGCUAAGUGUGGCAUUUCCGCGCUUAUCCUCCUGACAUGCACGGUGCAGCAGUCUGUCAGAUCGGCGUUCUUUGGCUCGAGUCCAGCAGCAGGUCGGCGUGAAUUCUAGAGAUGAGGACGGAUGGAUGGGCAGUGCUGCGUCUGUAUCGUAGCUAUUCUUCCGCUGUCUCUUGACCGUCAAGCGGGACACCUCGAGUAAAUUGUUAGUGAGCACUGCGUGGGCAAAUAGGUAAAGGGUGACAAUGAAGUAUCAAAGCUGAAGCCCGGGGAGCCUACUGACAAAGCAUAUAUUCGGCGGCAGACGCCAUGAUGUCUAUGUAGCCUCCAACUGAAGGAAAAGAGGAGCACCACAGAGAAAUGAUAUCAUCCUGUGUACACAGAUUCUCCCAUACAGACGAGCGGGUAUACUCGGAUGUUCUGGAGACACAUUUAGCCCUUCUAAGUCGUUCCUCAUAAAGUCAGCAGAGUUGAUGAUGCCUUAAAAUCAGCAACCUUCAUGAGAAAACGAUCUUGAGUGAUUUUUGAAUGUAUGCGGCAAGUCACCAUUCAAAGGGGUCCUGAGGUCGUGGGCUAUCUUUGCAAAUGUCGCGUGCUGGCUGGCGAAGAAUCUGAAAUGAAUCCCACACAAACAGCCUCAUACAGAGAGAAAAACAACCGUAGGCGCAAAGAUUACCGCUCUCUCUCCGCUGUCAUUCUUUCCAGCCUUUUCUUUUCUCGAAUCACUUCGCGGCUCUUGCGCUCCAUAGAGAUGCUGACCCAUACAAGUAGCUGCGCCAUGACUGCGGAGACAGACAGGCGGCAUAAGCGAAACACAUCUCCGACCGAGGCAGUCUACGUACGUGCAUUGGCGACGAGCCGUCCCCAGAACACAGGACCUGUAGAUGUAACCAGCUCGGCCAGAAGGAACCUGGCAAAGGCGAACAGACUGUAAGCCAUAUGCAUUGGCUCCGGAUGAUUGGCGAAUACCAGGAGAACAUUGAGAAAGUGACACAGCUGCAUUGAGAAAGCACACAGGUAGGAACGCAGAUACAGAAGUGAUAUGAAAAGCUGACUUACCCUGCGAAAAAGCUGUUGGCUCUAAAGACGCUCCAAAAUGCAACCAUGCCGAGAUCAAAUGCCAAGUCCGAAGCCGGUGCGUCACCGUGUUGGAUGUCCCAUGAAAGAUCAAUCAUGCGGCUGCUGCUAAAGGUGUAUCGAGUGUGGAAAGCGUUGAGACAUCCCAUGACGGAAAAAAGAACAACCAUGAUCUUCAGAUCCCUUGCGCGAGACAUGUGACUCUUGUUCGGCCAGACGCUACGGAACAGCAAGUAGCUUCCCAAAAGAGACACUAUCAAGCUGCAAGACAAAGACGAAAGCAUCUUCAAGCGCCAAUAGAGUCUGACUCACUUACACGUCUCGAACAAGUCUUGACGCACGAAAUGUGUCGCCUUUUCCUACCCUGCCGACUUCAAUGAUGGUGUGCAACACGAUUCUGUCAUUCGAUGUGUCACACGGUGAGUGGACUUGUUUCAGGCCCAUUGACCAUACCCGAUUGAGAAAAUGGUCAGUGGCACCUGAAAGGAAACGAACAUCGCACAUCUUCUGCUCUACUCAUUCGAGCUGCCUUUGACUGCUUUUCUCUUGCCUGUAUCCACCGGACAAAGUCCCCAAAGCACCACCGUUCGAACGCUGAUAUCACACAUAUAAUGGAAGGAUUCACUUCAUGUACACAGGAUAAAUCGAACGCUUGCAUCAUUGAAUUUGACCUUCAGGCAUGGAGCCUGCCUCCACACCGGGUGGCACUAAGAGAUGCACAAGACUACAAUGGGAAAAAGGGAACAGGCGGUUUCUCUCCUGUGUCCUACCCUACAAGCAACAGAAGCCAAGGACGUGGUUUGGGAUAAGCACACUCACCUCUAUAUCGGCCCAGUUCCUCGACUUCUCUUUCGUCAACAGCUGCUGCGUAUGGUUGCCAUCUCGCACUGCCCCGCCUCGGGCAGCGGACGUCUUGCCUUCUCUCUCUUGCCUUCUCUCUCUUGCCUCGGGCGGCUUGGAGGUGCCCUUCUCUACGUCAUGCGUCUCCAUUCUGGUGCGUGCACGUGUGUAUUCGCCUGGAGAAAGGUGAACGGGGGAAGGUAUUGGCGGGACCCGGGAUGGAAGAGAGAAAGGAAGAGGAAGAGAGAAAGAGAG